AUGCGGAAAAAGGCCGUCAUCAAUCCUAUGAAUAUUGAUGACGAUUGUUUCAAGUGGGCUAUUCUAGUCAAACACGUUCCAGUAAUCCACCAUAGUCGUGUAGGACAAAAUUAUUAUAAUGAGGAGCAUCGGUACGAUUUUUCCGAACUAUCCUCCCCGACACCAAUAUCGGAAAUCUGUAUAUUUGAACGACGGAAUAGGGGGGUAUCGGUAAAUGUAUACGGAUUGAAAUCUGGUAAGGUGGGUAAGGUGGCUAAAGGGGGAAAGGGUGGUAAGGGGGGAAAAGUCGGUAUUGAGAGUGUAGUGUAUCCGAUCAGGGUUGUUGAAAACGAGAAGGCCGAACAUUUGGACCUGCUUGUAAUUGAGGGCUCAGAGCGGAUGCAUUAUACGUAUAUCUCACAUUUUUCCCGGCUGGUACGAAGCCAGAAAACAUCUCACACCAAUCGGCUUUUUAUCUGUAAACGGUGUUUCACCUCGUUCGAUGAACAGGUGAAAAAAAAUAAAUUGCGUGGUAAUGAGGCUCUCCGACAACAUAUGAGAUUAUGCGGGCCUAAUAAACCUAUUCUACCUGUUAUGCCGGAGGAGGGGGAGGUACUUAAGUUUAACGGGUGGGCUAGCAUGCAGCGUCAUCCGUUUGCGAUAUACGCGGAUUUUGAAGCCCUCCUAGAAAAACAGACGGAGCGGGUGGGGGCAAGCACUGACGGGAUUCACACACACCAUCCGAUGAGCUACGGAUACUUUGUUAAGGCGGCAGCGGACGUACCCGUAGCGAUUAUGGAGAAAUACGAUAUACCACAGACACCUGUAAUAUAUCGCGGGUCGGAAUCGCGUGACGAGGUGGCUAAACACUUUGUCGCCAGUGUGACCGCGCUCGCCACCAGGUUGGGGAACCUGUUGAAGGCGACUAAUGUGCCGAUUUCGAUGAGUGUGGAGGAAAUGCGUGCGCAUAACGUGAAGAGUGUGUGUGAUAUGUGUGGGUUAGCGUUCACCGAGGCCAGGUGUAAAGUCGCCGACCACUGUCAUCUGUCGGGACGGUUAAGGCAUACACUCUGCGCCCCGUGCAACCUCAAGCUCGUCACACCCAAGUUUGUCCCGUGCUUCCUGCACAACCUCUCGAAAUAUGACGCACAUUUUAUCGUGACCGAACUCGGUUACGAUAAAGAGUCGAUAACGGUAAUCCCCAACAGUGAGGAAAAUUACAUCUCGUUCUCGAAGCGUGUCAUGCCCGACUUCAGUGUGAGGUUCUUGGACUCUUGCCGGUUCAUGAUCUCGAGUCUGGCCGAGUUGGCUGGGAACCUCGUCACGAAGCCCGGUGAGUUUGAGAAGUUCCGCGAGACCGCCAAGGUGUUCCGACCCACCGACAUGCCACUCGUCACGCGAAAGGGCGUGUUUCCUUACGAGUAUACCGACAAAUGGUCGAGGCUCGAGGAGACCGCCCUACCGCCGAAACAUGACUUCUAUAGUGUGCUACUCGAAAAGCAUGUGACCGACGUGGACUACGUACACGCAACGGAGGUGUGGCGUCAUUUCAAUUGUAAGACCCUCGGUGACUACAGCGACCUCUACCUGAAGGUGGACGUUCUCCUUCUGGCCGACGUCAUGGAGAACUUCCGCGACCUCUGUAUGUAG